AUGGGUCAUCCAACGCACGAAUAUCAAGCCUUAGCUAUAAGUGAAGUGGUGAAUGUUGGGGGAAGCUUUGAUAGAGGCAACUACCAGAUUGGUAAUAAUUUCAAUUCUAUGGGACAGAUGCACCCAGGCUUUUCUUGGAACUCGCCAAGUGGUAUCCUAAACUCAUGGCAGCAAAAUAACUCUAGACCCCAGGGACAAGGAGCUCCAGGUUUUCAAAAUCAGCAAAGGCUGCAAUAUCACCCUCCACGGUACAAUCAGUCUAGCAUGGAAGAUCUGAUGAAGGCCUUUAUUAUUAAGACAGAUGAGAGUCUUGAAACACAUAACUCAGCUAUACGAGAACAUGGAACGCUCCCUGCUAAUACUAAAAGAAAUCCAAAAGAGACAAUAAAUGCAGUGUCUUUGAUGAGUGGGCACGAGUUGGAGGAUCCCAUAGCAAAGAAAAAGGAUGAGCCGAUUGAAAGACAUGUGGAGUUUAUGGAAGAGCAGAAAAAUGAUAACAUGCAAAAAGGUGCAGGAAUGGUGCAUGUGAAUAUAUCUUUCACAGAGGUGCUUUCACAGAUGCCAGAUUGUGCUAAAUUCUUGAAGCAGAUAUUGCCCAAGAAGCGAAAAUUUGAAGAGACCUCGGUUGUCCAGCUGACAGAGCAUUGUAGUGCCAUCUUCCAAAAUAAGCUCCCUCAAAAAUGUGGAGAUCCAGAGAGUUCUAUUAUACCUUGCUCUUUAGGAAGUACUAAAAUUAAAACAUCGUUGUGUGACCCAGGUGAUUCUAUUAAUCAUAUGCCUUUUUCUAUUUUUAGGAAAUUGGAGGGAGAGAUUAGAGAAAUCAGGUCGAUACCUGUAUCCUUACAACUGGUGGAUCAGACCACAAUCAUACUUGAAGGAAUAGUGGAAGAUGUGCUGGUUCGGGUAGACAAAUGUUUGUUCCCGGUGGACUUCAUUGUGGUGAAAAUGGAGGAGAAUAGGGAGGUCCCGCUGAUUUUAGGAAGACCCUUCUUGGCUACGAGCAGAGCAAUUCUAGAUAUUCAGGAAAGGUAG